UACACAUAAAUUAGUUUAUAAGUAUAUAUUUAUUGGUUUUUGUAAUUUACACAUCGUCAUUUACACGUAUCGUAUCGGUAUAAUACACAAUAACCUUUUAAGUACCAUUUUUCAAAUCUAAAAGUCUUAAAGUUACAGUAACAAGUACUUAAGUAAAUCAUACGACAUCGUAUGUUCGCGCUCCCGUCGACUUCGACGAUAACAACUUUUUCAUAACUUCAAAGUUAUCUUUUCGAAAUUAAACCAAACGUGUUCUUGUAUGUACAAAAGUAUACUAUUAUUUGACAUAAGGAAAUCAAGUGGCACAGGCAAAAACAGCUUCUUUCUCCGUGCUUAGUUUUUUUUUAACACAUCAAAGAAUUACAUUAAAAUCAGAAAAAUGAUAAACGUAAUAAACGCCGUGGACACCGGUCACGAGGACAUGAUCCACGACGCGGAGAUGGAUUACUACGGGCUGAGGUUAGCUACGUGUUCGAGCGAUCACUCUGUCAAGAUAUUUGACAUGAAAAACGGCUCCCAAAGCCUCAUCGCCGAGCUCAAGGGCCACACCGGUCCAGUUUGGCAGAUAGCCUGGGCCCAUCCUAAGUUUGGCAACUUGCUCGCAUCAUGUAGUUAUGACAGAAAGGUUAUCAUUUGGAAAGAAUUUGAUGAUUGGGUUAAAAUUCAUGAGCAUAUGUGCCAUGAUUCUUCUGUCAAUGCUGUAGCUUGGGCACCUCACGAGUUAGGAUUGAUACUAGCAUGUGGCAGUGCCGAUGGUUCCAUUUCUAUUUUGACCAACAGUGGAGACAGCUGGGACACUCAAAAAAUUCAAAAUGCGCACACCAUUGGUUGCAAUGCCGUUUCUUGGUGCACGGCUAUUGAGCCAGCUUUUGACCCAGUUUCACAGCAAAAGACCCCUGUCAAAAGACUUGCUAGUGCUGGAUGUGAUAAUAUUAUUAAGAUAUGGAAAGAGGAGGCAGAUAGAUGGAUUGAAGAAACUAAAUUGGAAGGUCAUAGUGAUUGGGUAAGGGACGUUGCAUGGGCACCAUCCAUUGGUUCAUCGAGAACAACAAUUGCAUCGUGUUCUCAAGAUCGUCGUGUAAUCAUUUGGACGUCUACAGAUUACAUUAACUGGAAUUCAACAAUUAUAAACGUCUUUGACGACGUAAUUUGGAAUGUGAGCUGGUCCCUGACAGGUGGAAUUCUUUCAGUAAGUGGAGGAGACAACAAAAUUUCGCUGUGGCGUGAAAAUCCUGAAGGUCAAUGGGUUGGUAUUUCUGACCUGAACAAAGGUCAAGGAAAUAUCAAUUCAGAGCAACGUGCACUUUGAAAGCACCAUCCUCUUUUAUUGUAAAUUUGAAUUUUAAA